CAUGGCAGAACGAGCGCGGGAGUUUGUUGCGUCGUUCCUCAGCGAUCAAAGAUUAAUUGAUACUCUAACAACUGCGUGUAGCAGUACUUCUAACCCACAACCAUCUUUUCGUGAUGCUGAAAGUGAAGUGCGUUCCCUUUUUAACAGAGGUCCACAAACCAGAGUGCCUGACCCAACCAGCCGCGAUUUCAAUCUGAGUGUUAGUGGCAUGCACCCUCCACUACCACAAUCGUCCGUUCCAACUUAUAAUUUGCGGCGUCUUCCAAGGGUUAACGCAAGGAGACAAACAAGACCUGCUAAAGGACUUCCUCAGCUUGAGACAUUUACAAAGGAGGUUGUGCUUCUUCCGGACAACACGACUAAUCUUGUACCACGCCGAGCAAGUAAAGCAUGGUUGUUUGAAAAUGGGCAUGUGAAAUCUGCAGUUGAAUUUAAUGUUGAAUGGUGUGAGUCAGAGGUGAUGUCCACAAUUCGGAAGGCUUUUAUGCCACAGGUUGAAGGUUGUAGUUUGCAGUUGUUACUGGGCUGCCACAACAAACUUGUGAAACCAUCUCUAGCUCCCCAUCAAGAAAUGACGGGACGUAUGUUAAAGAAGGUUUUCCACCAACGCUCUGUACACGUGCAGCCUGACAAAGUAUUGCUAGACCAAUCUUCAAGUGAAAGUGAGGAGGAAAGUCUUGGAUGUGAGCCUGGAAUUUCAGAUGCUUCUUCAAAGAAUGAGACUGUAGUUCAGCAACAUCUACCACAUGUGAUGGAUCAGCCAGAGGGAAGCAGUUUGACAUCUGACACUCCAGAGGGGGACAAUGAUGUGAUACUGAUCGCAUCAUCUCCAAGUGAGACAGUGAGAACCACCACAUUCUACAGUGAAUACGUGAAUUUGCUGGAGAUAGAGGAUUACGAACCAGAAGAUGCAGGCCUUCAGGAAGCAAUUGAAAGCUCCCUGUCUGAGACCAAUUUCAGGACUUUGAAUUGACCUAGAGGCUGUCACCUUGGAAGAAAUCCUUGUCUUCACUACUGGCUGUGACUCCAUUCCUCCCCUGGGCUUUUCCCCUCUGCCCUCACUGGAGUUUGAUGAAGUCUCUGCAUAUCCAACAGCCAAUACUUGUGACAACAUCCUCAGGGUACCAAUUAAAAGCACAUACAAUGAUUUUAAGUUAGCCAUGGAUUUCGGCAUUCAAAAUGCAGCAGGGUUUGGGAAAGCAUAAAUACAAUUUGUGACCUACAAAACAAUUGGUGCAAAUUUUCAGUUUGUUUUACUAAAUUGUUUAUUAUUGUUUAAAAAAAAAAUCACUAAAGAAACAGUAAAAGGUUUUAUGUAGAGAAAAUUUGUCAAAUUAGGUCUGGUAUUUAGUUUUUAUUUAAAAUCAGAAGCAGACAAAACGCACUUUAGAAAAUUACAAUAUAUUUGUAUAUCAGUGCAAAGUAAAAUAAAAGUACAAAUAAUUUACCAAAAUGUGCACAUGAAGUGCAGUAGCCUAUUAUUUAGGCCUUAAAACAUUUCAAUUUAGAUAUUGUAAGUAGGGUUUAUGUUGUGUUUUUAGUUAUUGGGAAUUGUUAGAUUGUUUUAAUGCUGUUUUAACAGUUAUUUUGUUCUGUUACUCGAUAAUUAUCUACUAUGUUCUGCAAGACCUUUUUGCCUCAUAUCUGAUCCCAGAGUUUUUGAGAUAUCUACUAUGUUGCAACAUGUUUGGUUUGUUUUUGUGAUGCAUGCUUUUAAACAGUUUUGGAGAAGUGCACUGGUACAAAUCAUAAUUUUUUGAGGUAUAAACUCAAAUUCUAUACAAAUAUUUAAAAUAGCCAUGUUUUUCAGCAUUGUUAAUGCAGCAGGGAUUCAGGAAAAAUAAGUAAGAUCUUUGACCUCCAAUACAAUGCACAAUAUGUGCAUAUUUUCAGUGUAUUUGAUUUUAAUUGUGUAUUUUUGUUUCCUAACAAAAAAAAAACACUUAAUAACUUGGCAGCAUAAAGUUUUAUAUAUAUAUAAAGAUUGUCAAAUUGUUAGUUUUAUAUAAAAUCAUACGCAGGGAAAUACUACUUCUAAUUUUAUCCCAUGGCUAAAAAUACUGUUGAAUGCCUUACUGAUGUUAAAAUUCAGUGAAUUCAAAGUUCAUACGUGACACAUUUUGCUUUUUUUUUUUAAAAACAUGUCUUUGUCUUAUUAAUAAACAAAGAUUUGCCUCA